AUUAAAAGUGAUAAAUAAUUGUGAUAAUGAAACAGUUAGAAGCAACGAGCAGCGGCUAACACCGGAAUCUGCAAACUCAAAAGUUCCAUCUCUUCUUCCACACAUCCAUCGUUAAUCAUUUUCCCCUAAAAUAUUUUCUUUCUCUGUUCUGUGCCUUCUUCUCCACCGUUGGUUCAAAAAUCUCAGCCGUUGAUCAGAUUGAGCCUCCGUGUUGAUCUUCAUCGCCAUCAUGGAGGUCCGUUCCAAUCCCACCGCCGACAACUCCUCCGACCACCUUCGACCGCCCGCCGUUUCGUCCAAGCAGCCGCUGCCUUCUCCUACCGCCGUCGACACCUCCGCCGUUUCUCAGAGACUCCAGAAGGAAUUAAUGGCUCUCAUGAUGAGUGGAGGAGAUCUCGGGGUGUCGGCUUUUCCUGAUGGAGAGAGUAUUUUUACAUGGAUUGGCACAAUUGAAGGUGGAAAAGGGACUCAGUAUGAGGGUUUAUCUUAUAAACUCUCCUUACGUUUUCCCCUAGACUAUCCUUUUAAGCCCCCCCAAGUGAAGUUUGAGACAAUGUGCUUUCAUCCAAAUGUUGACCAGUUUGGCAACAUUUGUCUGGACAUUCUUCAGGACAAGUGGUCUUCAGCUUAUGAUUGCAGAACUAUUCUUCUGUCUAUUCAAAGUUUAUUGGAAGAGCCUAACCUGGAGAGUCCUCUAAACAGCUAUGCUGCAGCACUUUGGAAUGAUAAGGAAGAUUAUAGGAGAAUGGUUCACAAACAGUAUUUUUCUGGAGAGGCUCUUGAAAGCUGAUUGGACACAAAUUCCAAAGCAAUUAGUUUCCACGUCAUAUUUGCCUGAAGAAAAAGUCUGCACCCUAUAAAUGUCUUUUUUUUUUUGUGUGUGUGAUUUGAUAUUGUAACCUGAAACUACGAGAACUCGGAAGUCCUCUAAAAGUCUUUUAAUUACUUUGUGUAUAGAAGUAAAAGUUUUCAUUGCAAAAAUGCCAAAUGACGCAAUGACAUCUUUGUGAUAUUUUUUGCUUCGGAUGCACGAUGCUUACAAUUGUAUAUUCAUGUUACGUAAUAUUUGUCACUUUGAAGCCGAUGCUUGGAUUCUUUACUA